UUUGACACUUUUAAUUAAUUUUUUAUCUAGUUUUCCACAAGACGACCUAAUUUUUAAGUUGGAGCAGUAAUUUUUUCUUUGAAUUAUUAAAAUUAAUAUAUCUAUAGAAAAACAUGAAUUCUUCUGUUGAUCCCAGACGUAAAGAAAAGGUAAAUCGCUAUAAGCCACCAGCAAACCAGGGACAAAAUGGCAGUGGUACUAGCAAUGAAGAUUUAACACCUGACUACAUGAACAUUUUGGGCAUGAUCUUUUCGAUGUGUGGUUUAAUGAUGAAAUUGAAAUGGUGUGCCUGGUUUGCUUUGUACUGUUCCUGCAUUAGUUUUGCCAGUUCCCGUGUUAGCGAUGAUGCCAAACAGGUUCUUUCAUCUUUCAUGUUGAGUGUUAGUGCUGUUGUCAUGUCCUAUUUACAAAAUCCCGCUCCCAUGACACCUCCAUGGGUAACUACUUCCUAGUUUGUGGACUUUUGUUUAAAUAUACAUUGAUUUUAUAAAUCUAGAGAAAUUUUAUUAAAAAAAAUAUAUAAAUAAAAAUUGUAAUUUGUCUAAUGGAAUAAAACAAAUACUUAUAAUGGGUAUAAAAAACCGACCUUAUUAA